AUGGCUCGCAAGAAGUCGGUCCGCAAGAAGGUGACCCUCAAGUACAUCGCCAAUGACUCCACCCGGCGCACUAGGUUCAGGAAGCGUCUCGGGGGGCUGAUGAACAAGGCGGCCCAGCUGGCCACCCUGUGCGACGUCAAGACCUGCGUGGUGGUGUACGGCGAGCGCGAGGCGGAGCCUAAGGUAUUCCCUUCCCACGCCGAGGCGGUCGAUAUCCUCAAUGGAUUCAAAAGCAUGCCAGAGCUAGGGCAUUGCAAGAAGACGAUGGACCAGGAGGCCUUCCUCACCCAGCGCACCGCCAAGCUCCGGGACCAGGUCUACAAGGCUCGCCGCGAGUGCCAGGACAGUGAGAUUAGGUACCUCCUUUACAACAUCAUGCACGGCAACCACCCAGGCCUCGUUGGCCUCAGCGUCGAGGAGCUCGUCUGCGUUGGCUGGAAGGUGGACGAGCUCCUCAAGAGCCUCGGCGAACGCAUGGAGAAAAACCAUGUCCAGGCUCCACCGCCAGCUCCAUGCGUCAGCACCGGCAGCAUAGACAUGGGGUCCCUGACACAGUAUCUCGCGUCACCGCAGCAGCAGGAAGGCUGGCUUGACAUUAUGAGCUCCGGAGGGGACGUCGACACCCAGGUCGGUUGCAACACCAGGCACGAUGGCGCCAACUUCUCCAGCGGUGAUCUAAUGAGGCAGAUGCAGUCCUCCGAUCUAGGGUUCAGUUCGAGUCCUUUCCCUCCCAUGUAA